GGCCGAAGGAGUUGUGGGGUUGUCGCCACACUUUGGCACUACUGGGGUUUCUGGGACUGUCUCUGGUGUACGCCAUGCGGGUCAACCUUUCCGUUGCUAUUGUUUCUAGGGUUUGAAAGAAAACAACACUGCACACUAACAAUACAUCCGAUAACGAUGGGUGCCCAGUACCAGACGAUUACGAUGAUAACGACUCCGGAAACUAUAAUGGUGAAUUCGACUGGGACGACAGUACCCGCGGCCUCAUCCUGGCUUCGUUCUUCUAUGGAUACACCUUGACCAAUUUUGUGGGAGGGCGGAUGGCGGAGUACUUGGGCGGAAAGAUUGUGUUUGGCACAGGCGUCUUUCUCACCACCAUCCUCACACUCCUCUCUCCCGUAUGUGCCAGGGCCUCCACCACACUCUUCAUUAUUAUCAGAAUCUUAGAGGGAUUCACGGAGGGUGUAACUUUUCCAGCAAUGAACUUCUUGCUGGCUUCCUGGGUGCCACAAACUGAACGGCCCAAGUUCUCCACUUUGGUGUAUACUG